AUGCUGAAAGGACAAUGCGGGUAUGGGUGGAUUGGAUACGACAUCUACUGCUACAAGUUGGAGGCACAGGAACUUCCCUGGAACAACGCUGACGUGGAGUGUGAAAAUAAAGGUGGAAACCUGGCCUCCAUCACAAAUCGAUGGGAAAACAAUUUUAUUGCACAUCUCAUCGCGAAAGACUUCAAUGCGUGCAUCGCAAACCCAUGUCAACAUGGACGCUGUGUGAACAAAGAUGGUGGAUACAAAUGUAUCUGCUCAUUUGGAUGGACUGGACAGAACUGUCAGCUAGACAUCAAUGAGUGCACAAGAAACCCAUGCCAACAUGGACGCUGUGUGAACAAUGAUGGCGGAUACAAAUGUACCUGCUCACUAGGAUGGACUGGACGGAACUGUCAGCAAGACAUCAAUGAGUGCACAAGAAACCCAUGCCAACAUGGACGCUGUGUGAACAAUGAUGGCGGAUACAAAUGUACCUGCUCACCUGGAUGGACUGAACAGAACUGUCACCAAGCGGGAGGUUUCAUCAGUGGAUGGUGGGAAUACGGCGAGCACCGCUACAAGUUGUUUACGGACGAAGUCACCUGGGACCAAGCUAACACACGAUGUAAAAAACAAGGUGCAAAUUUGGCCUCCAUCAACAGCCGUGAGGAGAAUGUUUUCAUUGCAGAUCUCAUCAAGAAUGGCCUUCAGACAUAA